AUGGGAGACCUAUCAGGUCACCUAGCCUCCUACCAGGCUUUCAGUAAGGAGGAGGACAACUCAAGAUCUGGGAGUCUCUGGGUAGAAAGUAAAACUUUUUGUGUUGGCCUCCACCCCGAGCCUGCUACGCCCAUACCCCUCAGUGGGUCCAGAGAAAAUCUCAAACUGAUGGCAACUGAACAUAAAUCGGCCAGGGGCUGGCCGGGGGCGCGCACAAGGAGUCACCCUGGGAACCCCGUCAGAGGAGAUAGCGGGCAGGCCCGGACCCAGCGAGCCCACCCUACACCUCCCUCAGCCCAGUGGGGCUUCGACUUGACUCGCGUGUCUCCUCCAAGGGCUGUUGUGUUAGGGAGACGACUGCAAGAAAACACCUGCCGGGGCCGAAUGCGCUGGGCCCGCGGGCGCACACACCCGCGCUCUGGUUCGGCGGGGACCCCGGUGCCCCGGGCCCACGGUGCCGGGGUUCGCCGCGCGGCCGGGAUGCCAGAUGGGGGAAGGGGAUACGGGCAGCUACGACACUUACCUGGCAACACCUCCUUCCCCGCAAGCGGCACCAACAAAGCUGGCAACCCCUGGCACCAUCUUCCGCCGACGCCUCGUCCUCGGCGGCGGCUACCAACCGCCCAUCCGGCACAGCCAACCGACACAACCGCCGGCGUCCCGGUACCUGCCGCGGCCCCGAACUCCGGGCGGGAGGGAGGGGUCUGGGCGGAGAAGGGACGCGGUCAGGCCCCUCGGCUCUGGGUCGGGGACCGGGGGACAGAGGGCCACGGCCUGUCAGAGCCGAGGGGCCGUGACGACAGGAGAACCCUGAGGCAGCGCCGAGGGUUCGGCAGGGCCGCCGACACAGCCGCCGCUGGGUUUGUUAUUGUCGACUCUGUCCCUUCCUCCGCGGAGCAUGCCGGGAAUGGGCGGGGGAGUGGGGGGAGGGGCGCGCCCGUUGGCCCGGGAGGCUCACAGAGGCAGCGCGCAGGUCCGGAAGUCAACAGGCUGCUGGGAAGGGGGCGACUCCGCAUUCCGUCGUUGCCUGCAGGCGUGCGACUUUGGCUGUCCUCUCCUGACCCAGGGAAGAUUCUACUGGGGCGGCCUGUUUCGGUGCUAGUCGCCGUCCGGGCGCGUACUACCGCAAGCCUGUCGGGGAAGAGCGGGACCAGCCGGAGAUCCGAGGUCCUCGUCGAGCGCCCCCGGGGAAGCCCGCAGAGCAGGCCCAGAUCUGUAAGAGGAUGAGGUACCGGGAGAACUGUGGGCCGGCCAGGCUAGACUGCCACCCUCAACCCCACCAUAUCCUCGACCGACCGCCGGGCCUGCAAGCGGAUGAAAGGUGUCUGGUAACUGCUUGUGUGGGGCGGCACAAUAAAAUAAAGAAAACAUCCAAAAGAGAAGAGAAUUAAGGCUCGGUCGAUCGGAAUGAAGAUUAAAGCCCCACGCCACUACCACCAAUUUUCAGCCUUGUUAAUACUGGGUUCUCUAGUGAGUUAGCCUAAGUACUGUAUGUAAUGUAUGGGAAACAGUUAAAGGGAAAUCUGAUUUUGUGAAGAUGAGCAUUCACAGGCAAUGACUUGAAGCGACGGACUUGUGUAUUAAACUCUGAGGAACAGAAGUUACACCUAAAACAAAUUACAUUUUUUAAAUUCCUGUUACAUCCAGAAAUAUCUGGUAUGAGUAAAAGCUUAGAGGUGCUACCACUAUGUCAUCAGAGAACAUUUGCGUUGUUUGCAUAAAAAUGAGUAUUACCACCCUUUUCAAAGGCACUAAAUACUAUUAUUAGGAAGUACAGUUUGCAAUCUUUCAUUUGUCAUGGUGGAAACUGAUAAAAAUCAUUGAACCAACUGGUAAGCAUUGGGAAUUUUCAAUUUUCAUCACACUGACCGGGUAUCUGAAAGUUGUUUGAGAAGGACUUACUGUUUUUACCACUUUGUUUUUAAUUUUACACACCUGUGUAUCCCAGAGAGAUCUUCUGUUUGGCAAGUCAUUUUAGUUUAUUUUAAACUGGAGUUUUAUUACACCACCCCAGCAAGAUACAGCAGAGAAGUCAAAAUUAAGAAACUAAAAUGUUAUUAUGCCUUAGGGGACAGCAUAGUAAACAGCACACAGAAAAUACAUAGUGAGAAGGAAUUUGGUCAGAAAAUUUGUAAACAAAAUACAACAAUAUUAGGCCUCUAAAGAAUAUAUUGGUGCUUGACUUAAUGGUCAAUGUCAUUCAACAUUACAGACACAACUGAAAGCAUCACGGGAAUAUGCCAGUGAUAAUGUAAUAAAUAAAAUGUUUUUAAUUUUGUCACUCUAACUUCUUUCUUUCUAAACAAAAUUAAUUCAUUCCUUAUCUUCCGUAGUCAUAGGUGGAAAAAAUGACCAGAAGUGAUUGGUUCAUACCUUAAAGGUUUACACUUUCUCCAGAGUGUAAAUGUUUAGAGUUUAUAUUCUUCUCAUGUUCUUUUCUAGUGAAAAGUGAAAAUGUAUUAACAUUAAUUCCUUUUUAUAUGUGGAGAUAUCUAGAGGAAAUACUGUUACAGGUUACUAAAACUACAGUGUCCCGAGUAAGUCUCAACAAGUGACAUUGUCCUUCAAGAAAGAAUAUUGAAAACCCUCUGUACUCUCCCUUGCUGAAGAAGUAAAAACAAGAACAAACAAAAUACCCUCAUUUAACAUUACUUCUCAGCCAAGCUUCUUGAUAGGAAGUCUUUAAUCCACAGUCUCAUUUUCACUACUGCCCUAUUCUCACUGAAGUUAUAGAUUAAGGAACCUCCAAAUUAUUGUGUUAAAUAGACAAUGCUGAUACUUUUUUUGAACUUUCUAAAGCAUUUCUUAUUUUUAAUUUUUUUUAUUUCUCCCUUCCCUUUUUUGUAGUGUCUCCCUCUUGGCUCUUAAAUCUGGCCUUUCUUUCAUUUGGUCCUCUUCCAAAUUCUCAAGUAAUUAUAAUACAAUGUAAAUGAUGCAAAUAUAAGGUGCCACAGGAGAAUAAAUAGACAAGAGACUUAAUCAUGUCCUCAUCACAUUUUUUUUUAAUUUAAUAAACAUUUAGGUUCUUUGAUGGAUUUACAAUGUGGGCAAAAGAAAGUCAUUCUCUUUAGGAGGAGUAUGUAGGGAUAAUACAGGACUUCAUAGCUAAACACCCUAAGUACUUGACAUUAGUUUCAAUCUUUAAAAUCUGAGUUGUGCUUCAGGUCUCAACUUCAGUGUCACUUUUUCAGGAAUCCUUCCCAACACACCCAUAGUUCUCCUAUAUUUUUUGUUAUGUCUUUAAGUAUCUGUCUAACCUGCUGAAAUGUAAGACUUUUUUUAAUAGAGGGAAUAUUUUCCCAAUACCUGCUGUACAGUAGUGUACACGCAAAUAUUUGUUGAGUGCCCUACACCUUUUUCAGGCCCUCAAUUUAUAGCUUGACUCACUUCCCAACUAGUAUCACUUAUUCCAUCCAAGACCAAUAUGAUUAUGUUUCUUCCCUGCCGAACAGUCUUCACUGGUCUUGUUUUGUAGAUUAGAUACAAUUUAAACUUCAUAACAUAGCAUAAGAAUCUUUUCAUUAGGUACCAACCCAUCUCUCCAGCAAUAUACCCCCUCACUUUUCCCCUUUACACGUACCUUAUAUAAGUUUCCUUCUCCAGUCGUGUUCUUUCCCUCUUGUUCACCUUUCAGUGUCAUCCUUUAAAACAUCCUGGACAUCAGCCAGCUUCCAACUGCUAGAUGAUACAGUGAUCACUUAUCCUACCUCUGCUCCAUGUCACACAACUAAAUUUCUGUCUCCCCUUUAAGUCUGUGAACUUAGAUUCAUUUUUAAGUUUAUAGAGAGCUUGUCACAUAGUGAUUUAAAUAUUUGAAGGUUGACUAGAUAAGUGACUAAAAGUCCUGCCCUCAAAUAUCUCAAAAGCUCAUACAGGGGACCAUUCAAAAAUCAUUGUAAUGACAAGUUUAUAUAACAGUUGUCUCUGAGUAACCUUGGAAAUGAUAUCAACCCCCCACCCCGACCCCUCCGCAGACUCCAAAAUCUGGGGAUGCUCAAAUCCCUUAUAUAAAAUGGCGUAUUUGCACAUAACCUACUCACAUCCUCACAUAUACAUACUUUAAAUUAUCUCUAGGUUAUUUAUACCUAAUACAAU